GCCGGAGGCGGGGCGGACGCGGGAGUCGGUGUGUCUGGAGUAGGGGCGGACAGGUCCUUGGAGGUGGCAGUUCUCCUGAGCCCACGGCGCAUGGAAACAGGUGGAGAGAGGCCGGGCUGGCCAGGGCUUCGGCCUCAAGCGUCGGGAAAUGGCGGCGGGAGGCAGAACGGAGGAUGAACUGAAAGCCUCACGUGAUGCGCGCCUGACCUGACAACCCUGGCUCUGGGCGCGUCUCUGGGCGCUGGGCUCCGCUCGAUCGCCCCUGGAGCGCAGGGGGCGAAUCUCCCUUCCUCUUGGAUCCCCUGCCUCUGCUCUAGAGAGCUGUGGACCAGGAGCGGCAGCAACACGCAGACCAGCCGCCGGCGUCCCACGGGCUGGCCGGUCGCUGUCAUCACCCGGAAGUCCACAUUAGAGAAAAACUGCCGUGAUGUUUUUAAUGUAGGCAUGGGUUCCUUGGAUCUGACCCAAAGUAUUGAAGAUGACCCCCUUCUGGACCCCCAGUAUCUCCCAUAUCAUUCAUUACAUGCUCAGUUUAGACCAAGAUUCCAUCCUCUUCCUACGGUCCUCAUAGCAAAUCUUCUCUUGUUCAUACAUGUUGUGUUUGUUAUUUUAGCAUUUUUAACAGGUGUGCUUUGUUCUUACCCUAAUCCAAAUGAGGACAAGUGCCCAGGAAACUACACCAACCCACUGAAAGUUCAGACCGUCAUAAUCCUUGGAAAAGUUAUUUUGUGGAUUCUGCAUCUCCUGCUUGAAUUCUACAUGCAGUAUCACCACAGCAAAGUAAGAAACCGAGGCUAUCACAUGAUCUACCGAUCGACGAGGCAUCUUAAAAGGCUUGCACUAAUGAUACACUCCACUGGCAGCACGGCACUUCUCCUCAUACUGUGCGUGCAGCACUCCUUCCCGGAGCCCAGCAGGUUGUAUCUUGACCUCAUUCUGGCCAUCCUUGCCUUGGAACUGAUCUGUUCUCUGACGUGUCUGCUCAUCUACACAGUGAAAAUUCGAAAAUUUAAUAAAGCUAAACCACAGCCUGAUAUACUUGAAGAAGAAAAGGUCUAUGCUUACCCCAGCAAUAUUGCUUCAGAGACUGGAUUCAGGACUAUUUCAAGCCUAGAAGAAAUUGUCGAAAAGCAAGGAGACAUAAUAGUAUAUCUGAAGCGACACAAUGCACUGUUGAGUAAGCGGUUGUUGGCCUUCACUUCGUCUGACCUAGGCUCUCAGCCAAGUAGAAUGUGACAGGGAGAAGACAUCAAUUGCAGAGGGAUCCAGAGUAAUUUAAGACUGAUUGACUACCUGACAAGCUGACAUAGGGAAUUGCAGCUUUUGCCAAGUAACAUUUUACAAUUUUGGUUGGAAAUCUGAAUUGGGUUCUCACCUGUGUGGCCGUUUACUAUGUAGGGUUUGAGUCCUGUGAAAGGUGUUGUGGAGCCUUGAUAACUCAAGAAUGUCUGUUUUGCACAUUUUGAAGUUACUGAACUGCCUGGUUUAUUCAAGGACCAAAGGUAGUUUAAACA